AAUGUCCGAUAGUUAACACUUUGAUAAUACGCGGUAGACGCUCCAUUCUUGUUCUCUUAACGACUAGGGUCAUGAUUGGCCUCAAGGGUACUCUCAAUAUCAUAGACAACUCAGGUGCCCUCCUUGUGGAGUGCGUCAAUGUCUUGAAACAAAAAGUCAACAACGGCUGGGGUAGCGUCGGAGACGAGAUUGUCUGCGUCAUCAAGAAAGCUCGCCCAAUUACCGGAGCUGCCUCGAACGCUAUCAAGGUUCGGAGAGGGGACGUCCGACGUGCUGUCAUAGUUCGAACACGGAAACCAGUACGGAGACCAGACGGUCGAUUCGUGCGUUUUGACGAUAAUGCCGCCGUUCUGCUCAACAACAAGAGGGAGAUGUUGGGUACUCGUAUAGGUGGUGUCGUCAGCGCCGACUUGCGUAUGAAGGGUUGGGGGAAGAUCGUCUCUUUGGCUCCAAAAGUCCUGUAAUACACGUCUGUUUGACUCAUUCUGCUAGGACACUAUUCUAUGCUGUACUUAAUGUCCAUCUGCAUGCAUGUCCCCUACAAUUCAACCAC